AUGUCGAUGUUUGGACAAUUUGACCGUGGCUUGGACGGCCUGAGCCGGCCAGCAAGAUGGGGUGGCAUGGGCGGCCUCUUUGGCGGCUUUGAUCGCCGAUUUGCCGCGCCACCCGACGCCUACGAAGACUACUUUAAAGCGUACCACAUGUCCCGCUUUUCGUCGCGCGAACGAAAAGACGUGAGCUACGGUGGAAAAAUUAUCAUGCCGCCCUCUGCUCUGGCUACGAUCACCGACUUGGAGUUGGAGUCGCCAUGGACAUUUGUGCUGCGUGGCACAGGCAGAUCGCACACGCAUCGCACACACGCUGGUGUGAUUGAAUUCAUUGCGGACGAAGGCAAAGUGUACUUGCCAAGCUGGAUGAUGCGUACCCUGGAACUACAGGAUGGCGAUCCGAUUCACAUUCAAGGAACGCGACUUCCGAAAGGUAAAUUUGUGAAGCUGCAGCCACAGACGGUGGACUUUUUGGAAAUCAGCGAUCCGAAGGCGGUCCUAGAGCAAGCCUUGCGUAAUUAUCCGACCCUAACGCGAGGUGACAUCAUUGAAAUCAACUACAAUUGCUUGACGUUUGAGAUCCUCAUUAUGGAAGUUCAGCCAGAUGCCGAAGGCAUAUCCAUUAUCGAGACGGAUUUGGAAGUCGACUUUGCUCCGCCCGUAGGCUAUGUGGAACCCACGCCUGCACCACGACAGGCCCCUGCAACGAUGGCCUCCAAGCUGCAUAUUGACCAGAACAAGCAUGAUCUCAUUCUUCCGGCUCGUGGAUCGGCGGGUAGCACAUCAGCGAGUGCGUCAGCGAACGCAGCCGGUGUCGUUUCGAGCACGACGCAGGGUGCGGCUGCGCCCUUCAAAGGGUUUGGUCAGACCUUGAGUGGGAAGAAGACCAAGGGGAAGAAGGAGAAACCCAUCACGCCGCUGGAUCCAAGCAGUCAGAUUAGAAAAACGGAUCGACCUGCCAUCGUCACCAAUGACACGCUACUCGAGGAGAAGCGCGUACCGGCCGCCUUGAAUUUGCCUUUUGGGCAGCUAUUUUUCGGCUAUGAUGUACAAAAACUGGAUGUACCUGUAUCACAAACACAGAAAAAGGAUUCGGAAAAAUCUGAACCUACAGCUUCCUCCCAUGCGUUCCAAGGCACUGGACAAACACUCUGGGGUCGUCCAGCCCCCGACGUGAUUGAGAUCGAUUCGGACUAG